GUUCCAAAGGAAAAUGAAGUCCAUCCUCUGUCUGUCUGUGUUACUUGCUGGGCUUCCUGCUGUUGUCCAGCCUAAUCACAUCCCUGAUCACCACAAUGACGAGGAUGGUCAGACAGAUUAUAAUCCCCAACAGCAGUUUAGCCCAGUUGGAGGCAAUGGUGUAACUGAAAAGAUGACCUUUCUCCAAGUAGCUCCUAGCAAUGCUGACUUUGCAUUUAGAUUCUACAAGCAGAUUAAAUCAGAUGCAGCUGACAAGAACGUUUUCUUCUCUCCUCUGAGCAUCUCCACUGCCUUUGCAAUGCUGACGUUAGGUGCCAAGUCAACCACUCUGAGUCAAAUUCUCCAAGGACUCUCCUUUAAUCUGACAGAGAUUGAGGAGAGGGAGAUACAUGAAGGUUUUCGUCACCUCAUCCACAUGUUAAACCGUCCUGACAGUGAGAUCCAGCUGAAUAUGGGAAAUGCCCUUUUUAUAGAUGAUCAGCUGAAACUACUAGAGAAGUUUUUGGAAGAUGUCAAAAGUCUGUAUGAGUCUGAAACUUUUCCUACUAACUUCCAGAAUUCUGCCGAGGCUGAGAAACAGAUCAAUGAUUACAUAGAGAAUAAAACCCACGGUAAAAUUGCCAAUUUGGUCAAGGAUCUUGAUCCGCUCACUGUAGUGGUUCUUGUCAACUAUAUUUUCUUUAAAGCUCAUUGGGAAAAUCCUUUCAAUAGUUUGUUCACCAAGGAAGAUGACUUUUUUGUGGAUGCAAAAACAUCUGUCAAAGUUAAUAUGAUGAGCAGUAACAAAAGGUAUAACACACACCAUGAUGAGGAGCUGUCUUGCUGGGUGGUUGAAAUCCCAUACAAAGGAAAUGCUGCUGCAAUAUUCAUUCUGCCUGAUGAAGGGAAAAUGGAGCAGGUGGAGAAUGCUCUGUUGAAAGAAACUAUGACUAAAUGGACAAAAUCACUUCAACAAAGAAAAAUCGAGCUGUACAUUCCAGCUUUCUCUGUAUCUGGUACCUAUGAUGUCAAAGAGCUGUUUCAGAAAAUGGGUGUGGUUGAUGUGUUCACUAACGAAGCUGAUCUGUCUGGAAUCAAUGGGCACUCUAACCUGAAGGUGUCAAAAGCUAUUCACAAGGCCAUGGUGGAUGUUCAUGAGAAUGGUACUGAGGCUGCAGCAGUCACUAUCGUGGAAAUUACAUUAAUGUCUCUUCCCUUCCCUCAACCUCCUACCAUUAAGUUUAACCGGCCUUUUCUGAUGAUAAUUGUUGAUAAAAAUACCCAGAGCAUCCUCUUCAUGGGGAAAAUUGUCAAUCCUACUAAAAAAUAAUUGUACUGUCACUAUACAUGUCCCAGUGCUUCAAAGGAGUUGUUUUUAAAUUCCCAGGAGUAUGUGCACGUACCACAGACCACUUGGUGCCAGUGACUGUAACUAAAUUGCAGUUGACCUAAAUUCCAAACAAGUAAAACAUGAGUGUGGGGUAACUCCUUGCCUAUAAACAAACAGCCUGGUAUUUCUGUGAAUUGGGCAUGUAUUCGUAAACGUUUCAGAUAAAUGUGAGAGAAAGCUUUUAUAAAUAGGUGACCAUAUAGUAAGAGUGAAAAAUCAGAAUGGGGGUGUGGGGAAUACAUGCCUAUAUAAGAAAAAGACCCCAAAAUUGGGACGGUUCCUAUAAAAUCUGGACACACAACUUGCUGAUAACUAGUGGGGGCUGCAGAGUACAGCCUAGCCUAGCCUCCUCCAUUCCACACCCUGUGCGUUAAUCAUAUUUUCUAACUGACAAAAGGGACACUGAGGUGGGGAAGUGGGAGGUCACAGGGAGCUGGUUUGUAAACGUAAGGGAGGUUGGUGGAGAUGUCAGAAGUAAAAAAAGCUGCUCAAUCCUCUCUGCUGUCCCACCCCUUCCCCUUUUCAGAAUAAAAACUGGGGCAUUUCACAGCUAAACAGCAGGAUGGAAGAAGACUGAAUUUCUCUCUCUAUGACCCCUUCAUGGUUCUCUCCUAGUUUCAAACUCUCUACCUCCAAUUUAGUCUUUCCCACUACAUCAUGCCCACCAACUCCACCAAUUCAACUGAUUCCAUUGUCCCUUACACUCAACCUUGCCUGCCUAGGCCAUCCCACUCCUGAGAUCUGCUCAGCUCCCUCUAACCCAGCCCCAGCGCAGGAACACCCACUGGACCCACCUGUCCCUUUCAGACUGAGAACACCUCUUCUUCCUACCAAACCCUCCCAAGCUCACAGCAACCCCUUUCUGCUCCGAAACCUCUCCCAACUAACACCGCCUGGGUCAAAACACAAAAAUAUAAAAAACCCUUGGAGACCUUCCCCAGAGGUCAUAGUCCUUCCCCCUCCAACCUGACAGCCACCACCGGGCUCACAAUCCCCUUUUCUCCACAACU